AGUGGCCCGUUAGCGUGGCCGAGUGGAUCCGGAAGAUGGAGAGGAUCUUCCGUAUUAUGGGGAUUUUUGAGGCGCACAAGAUGGCGUGCGCCGAACUGCAGAUAGAGGGAGCCGCCGGAGAUUGGUGGGAGGAUUACUGGCGUCUACGCACCGAGGAUGAGCGUGACGCUAUGAGAUGGGCUCAGUUUAAGACGAUACUGGAGGACAAGUUCUAUCCUCGCCAUUUCAAGCAGAGGAUGGCACGGGAGUUUGCCGCUCUCCAGCAGGGUGAGCGUUCAGUGGACGAGUACGAGCGCGAGUUCGCUCGUAAGAGCGCCUUUGCUUCGCAUCUUGUUGAUACGGAGGAGAAGAAGGUAGCACAGUUCCUCGAUGGUUUGAGGAGCAACAUCAGACUCUUGAUCACCAGCAAUGGCUUCCUUGACUACGCCGAGACUGUUGAGCGUGCUCAGCAGAUCGAGGCGUGCAUUCUGAGAGACACCCGUGCCCAGCCACCAGCCAGACAGCCAGCUGCUAUUCCGCCACCCCAGCCAGCUCAGCAGACGAACAAGAGAAAGUGGGACGGUCGCAAGGACAAGUGGAACCGCAGACAGAGAGGCCCAGCUCUGGGAGGCCAGCCAGCCCGACAGGACCUGCCGGCAUGUGCUACCUGCGGACGUCCGCACCGCGGGGAGUGUCUUGCCGGGCAGGAUAUAUGCUUCCAUUGCCGCCGCCCAGGCCACCGUAUCAGAGAUUGCCCAGACCGCCCUCAGCCACAGCAGGACCAGAGACCACCAGCCCCGAGACAGCCAGCUCAGAGACAGCCAGCACCUAGACAGCCAGCCCAAAGACCCCCAGGACAGGAGCAGCAGCGUACCAUGUCUGGCAUGUUGUCCUUGUUCCAUACUCCAAUCUUCGCUUUAUUCGAUACCGGGGCGACACAUUCAUUAGUCUCGACCCAGUGCUUAUCUGCCUUAGGAGCCCAGGGAGUGAGUACUGUCGAACCUCUCGAGAUCAGUCUCGCCUCGGGAAGGAAGAUAGUCACGAGUUCCCUGGCCAAGAACCUUAACAUUGAUAUCGGAGGUCGAACUCUAGUUGUAGACGCGUUUGUGAUCGAUAUGAAUGACUUCGACCUGAUUCUUGGCAUGGAUUGGUUGACGAGGUACCGUGCGGACAUCCGUUGUCGCGACCGGGAGGUGACGCUACACUUAUCUGAGGGAGACCACAUCACAUUUUUCUGGACGAAGUCUCGAACUUUGCCGCACGUUAUUUCCAUGGCGAAAGCGACGAAGUACAUGCAGCGAGAGGAUUGUCAGGGUUUUCUUGUCAAUAUCGUUGGGGAAUCUUCGGAGAAGCUGUCUCCCGGAGAUAUACACAUUGUUCGAGAGUUCGUGGACGUCUUUCCCGACCAGCUCCCGGGAGGACCACCUAAUCGCCAGGUGGAGUUCACCAUCGACUUGGUCCCCGGAGCGGGACCAGUGUCGAAAGCGCCGUAUCGUAUGGCGCCGAAGGAGCUUCAGGAGUUGAAGGCUCAGAUUCAGGAGCUUUUGAGUCUUGGUUUCAUCCGACCGAGCGUAUCACCUUGGGGAGCCCCUGUCCUCUUUGUCAAGAAGAAGGAUGGGUCUAUGAGGAUGUGCAUCGACUACCAGGAUUUGAACCGAUUGACGGUGAAGAACAAGUAUCUGCUUCCCAGAAUUAAGGACUUAUUCGAUCAGCUGAGGGGAGCCAGUGUAUUUUCCAAGAUCGAUCUCCGCUCUGGCUACCAUCAGCUGAAGAUCAGAGAGGCCGAUGUGGCCAAGACUGCUUUCAGAACCCGAUACGGCCAUUAUGAGUUCGUUGUGAUGCCGUUUGGCUUGAGCAAUGCGCCAGCAGUAUUCAUGGAUCUCAUGAACCGUGUCUUCCAUCCAUUCCUAGACCAGUUUGUCAUCGUCUUCAUUAAUGACAUUUUGGUCUAUUCCAGCAGCCCAGAGCAGCAUGAGGAGCACCUGAGGACAGUUUUGGAGACUCUUAGGCGUGAGAAGUUGUACGCCAACCGGAAGGGAAAGGGCGAGCUGACCUGUAUGAUCACUCAGCAGCGUCAGUUGAUUCAUGAGUUCGCUCGGAUGCAGCUAGAGGUGGUCGGAUCACCUCCCAAGUUGCCAGUUGUGGGAGGUAUUCGAGCAAUGAGAAUGUGGCCCACGUUGCGAGACAGGAUCCGACGGGAUCAAGCCUUCGACGAGUUCAUUCGCUCGAUGGGGGCGAAGAUUCAUGCCGGAGGAGUUGAAGGUUUCUACCGAGGCACGGAUGGUGCCUUGGAAUACAAGGGGAGGAUCGUUGUACCAAAUGUCGAGACCCUGAAGAAGGAGAUCUUGACCGAGGCACAUAGUGCUCCUUACUUGGCGCACCCCAGUAGCACCAAGAUGUAUCACGACCUGAAAAGCUCCUUCUGGUGGAAGGGGAUGAAGAGAGAUGUCGCCGAGUUUGUCGAGAAGUGUCUGAUCUGCCAGCAAGUGAAGGCUGAGCGUAAGGUUCCACCGGGUCUCAUGCAGCCUUUAGAGAUUCCGCAGUGGAAGUGGGAGAAGCUGACCAUGGACUUUGUCACGGGUUUGCCGAUGUCGGCUAAGCAUCAUGACGCUGUAUGGGUAGUUGUGGAUCGACUGACGAAGUCGGCCCACUUUAUGCCUGUCAGGAUGGACAUGUCCAUGGAGCAGCUAGCCGAGACGUAUCUCCAGGGGAUCGUUCGACUCCACGGCGUUCCAGCCGAGAUUGUAUCAGAUAGAGAUCCCCGGUUUACCGGACAUUUUUGGGAGAGUCUGAACGAGUCCAUGGGGACGAAGUUGAAGUUUAGCUCCGCCUAUCAUCCACAGACCGACGGCCAGUCGGAACGAACCAUCCAGACGCUU